AUGGCUAAAAGUUCGUUUGUAUAUGUAAAAAAUUAUGAACAGGACGACAGUCUUCUUCCUAACACUUGGAUAGUUGUGAGAUUAGAUGGAAAAUGUUUUCACAAAUUUUCAGAAGAUCACAAUUUCAGCAAACCUAAUGAUUUGCGAGCACUGAAUUUGAUGAAUUAUGCGGCUUUUAAAGUGUUGCGCGAGUUUAAUGAUGUAUUGAUGGCUUUCGGUCAAAGCGACGAAUAUUCUUUUAUAUUUAAAAAAAAAUCCAAUCUUUAUAAAAGACGAGCAGCUAAAUUAUUGACAACAAUUAAUAGCAAAUUUUCUUCAUCUUAUGUUUUUUACUGGAAUAAAUUUUUUGAUCAAGAAAAUUUAAGAUAUCCACCAUCCUUCGAUGGGCGCAUAGUUUUGUAUCCUUCUGACGAAAAUUUAAUUGAUUACCUAAAAUGGAGACAAGCAGAUGUGCAUAUAAAUAAUCUCUACAAUACUACUUUUUGGACUCUAAUCUUACAAGGUGGUUUGACUCCUGUUCAAGCCGAAAAAAGAUUGUGUGGAACAGUAUCUGCUGAUAAGAAUGAAAUAUUAUUUAAAGAGUUUAAUAUCAAUUACAAUAAUGAACCUAAUAUAUUUAAGAGAGGGACCCUACUUUUAAGGAAACCAAUAAAAAAUGAAGAAUUAAAAAAGACAUUAAUUGUGGAUGUUCAUGAUGAUAUGUUAAAAAAUUCUUACUGGAAGGACAAUUAUGACAUACUCAGUUCGAAGCUCAUAAAUAACUAUGAAGGACCAAUAACCCACAUAAUUAAUGAGCAAAUUGGUAAUAAAAAGUAUAAGUUACAAAAAUCAAAAGAUAUAUCAGAAGAAAGUAAA